GCAUUCUGAAAAUGAAGGGGGCGCUAGUGACACUAUUUUCUAUCGAACACUUUCAACAUUAAAAAUACAAAUUUAACAUUUCCCGUACCAACCGUGUUGUCCGUCCCCGCCCCGUUCUGCAUAACCGUAGGGUUAGGGGUUAGGGUUUGUGGCAGGAAGAAAGGAAAAAAGAUAACACAAGAUGUUCAAAAAAACAAAACAACAUAAGAUCACAAUAUACAAUCAUACAAAAACACAUACAAAACACAAAUUCAUGUCCAGACAAUUACAUACAACAAUAGAUUUAAAAUUUUUCUUUGAGUGCAUGACUGGGAUAGUCCCAUUUCCAUAUAAGGUAUGGGACUGAYGGAAAGGUCCGUCCCCGCCCCAUUCUGCAUGCUGCAGCGAAGUGUACCUCAAAGUGUUUGCACCCCCUGGGUCCUGAGGGAGAGGUGGGUGCUAUUGAUUUUUCAUCAAUAUACAUCCAGCUAGUUUAUAGAUGUAUUAAGUGCAUUUUUGUUAUCAUCAUCACUGUAAGAUAUAUAUUCACCCUGUAAUAGGAAUAUUUGAGCGAAUAUAUGACUGUGGAGUGACAGGUACUGAUUUUUGUUUGGUUUUAUACUUUUGCUUAUAGAGGACUUGGAGUGGGCAGAUCAUAACUCGGUCGCUUUUCUGUUUAUUGUUCUUGCCAGAAAAAAAAAACUAAAAAUAGAGGAAUUUGUACCAAACUGUUUAAUACCCUAAAAAAAAUACCUGUUUUUUAUUGUACAUUAUUGCUGUCUUUAUUGGUGUGUACCUGUUACUGUCUGAUAAAAUGUCUAAUGAAACUGAGGUGUUUUCUAGGGGAGAUGAAGUGAACCGUAAAGUCACUUUUAGUUUGGGGAGGGGUCAAAAUUAUGCUUCAUUUGGAAGGGGUAGGCCUGUACCUUCUAAUAUUUAUGAAUGUUCUGUUAAUCAGUCUGACAUAAACUCCCCGCCUGUUCCUGCAGCUAGUUCUACACCCAUUGGAAUAGCYAAGACUGAGCCUAGCCAACUUGUACCCACUGAUGCUCUUAGUGGGGCAAUUGCUGAUUUGGCUAAACAGAUCGGGGAUGCUAUUACAACUAAUCUCAGUGCGCUGCACAGACAGAGUCAUUCCCAACCUCAAGCUGCUGACAGCCAACCCAGCGGUUUUGAUGAUCAGUCACAAAUGAGGGUUGUUGUUCAAUCAGAUAUCAGAGCACCUCCAUAUUUCAAAGGUGACCACACUGAUACAUUCUCCAUCCAGGAAUGGGAGGGCUUGAUGAGAUGUUAUCUUUCAAGGGUAAAAUGUGAAAACCCUGUGGAAAUGUGUGAGAUCAUCACAUCCAGACUUAUUGGGAAAGCCAGAGAUGUGGUUCAGGUUUCACUUCGCUGUCAGCCUCAGUCAACUGRCAAUGAGUUGGUUUCUACGGUUUUUGAUAUUCUGAAACGCAACUUUGGCGAACUGAUCUUCUCCAGCUUACCAAUGAGAGACUUUUAUWGUAUCUUGCCUACUGAUGGAGAAACAGCCAUGGACUACUGGAUUCGACUGAACAAGUCCAUUGAAGCGGCUGAUGAGUGUCUGYGCAGAAGGGGGAAGCAGGUGGAGGAUCCAGGAACAGAAGUUGUUACAAUGUUCAUUAACCAUUGUCCUGAUCCUGGUCUAGCUCUGUCUUUCCARCUGAAACCUGUUGAGGAGUGGACAACUGUAGAGGUCCAGAAGCGCCUGGAUAACCAUGUUGCUGGCCUCWGAAGACCAAUGGUUACUGCAAGCAAAACUGUUUGUUCUUCUGUUUCAUCUACAAGCCCUGUUGUUCUCACUUGCCACCCUUAGCUUGGUGCUCAAUCAUCCAGUGCUGCUGUACCAGCUGAUGCAGCACCAUCUACAGUGCAGUUUCCUCAAGCCACUUUAGCAUGUGAUCGGUUUUUGGCCUCAGAUCCCUCACAUCARCAACCACAACAGUGUGUUGCCCCACAACCCAAACCUUUUCAGCAUUCAGUUCCUUCCACACCACCUUCAACCUCUCGCACAGAAGUUGAACCUUCUCACCAGAUGGCAGAAAUGUUUGACAAAGUCCUGUCUUUAUGUACAGCAACUCUUGCCACAAAACAACAUGCUCAACAUAGGGGGGGCUACACCCRUGGUUCCAAACGGCCUCAACAUGAGCCAUGCAGAGUUUGUUGCUCAGAGGACCACACAACACAUUCACAUUGCAGACUGUUUAGACUGUGUCUCAACUGCUUUGGCUCAGGUCACAUUAAACRUGAUUGUCCCYAGCCUGUUAAUCACACACCAAAGCCUAUGUCAUCCAACCCAUUCACUAAUUUAAACUAGUAGGCCUGUGUGAUGAGAGGGGCAGCAUGGGCAGUACAGAUGAUACCCUCACAAAAACACCAGAUGCACACUCGAUUUAUGUUGACUGUUGUAAAACUUUCUCUGACAAAAGUAAUGUGGUUUUUGUGGGGUCGCAGAGAGUUCAAAGGGCUAGUGAACUGUUUUAUGCCUCAGUCUCAGUCAGUGACCGAUCCACAUUGAGGGGAGUGUUGAGAUGUGCCUUACUAAUUACACAGUACUGACACAUUGUAAUUUUAUGCAUAUUAAUUGUAAAACAUAAGUUGUUGUAGCAAGUUUAGUAGUGGUGUAUUUUAGAGGAAUGUUUUUGACUCUUAUAGCACAUUUUUCAUAUACAUUGUUAAAUACUUUUUAAGGAUAUUUUAAAGUCAAAGUGCAAUUACAGUUUAUGUGUUAUGCUAUAUAAUGAAAAUGUACAUUCAUGAAAUUAAUUAAUUAUUGUAUUUUUAAUCCAUAAACAUAAGGUAAUUCAGAGAGUAUACACAAAAUGAAUCCUAUUGGAUAAAUAUAUUCGCACCAGUGUUCAAAAGUUGUCUAAAGGAAUAAUGUGUGCCAGUGAAAAAAGGCUUGCUGUCACUCCCAAGCAAUAUGUUGUGAAUAAUGCACUUUACAUAAAAAGAGAUGUCAUGUCAUGAGAAAUUAACACCAUAAAUAAUGCAUGACACAUUGUUUCCUGCAGGGUUUUGUGCACUUGACAGCGUAGCGUUUCAUAUUGCUCGAAAAUGAGAUGUUGAAUAAAAUGGUGUAAAGCAACAUGCAGAAUAUGAGAC